AUGGCCGCCAACAAGGAGAACGGCGAUCCCGUCGAGAUGGAGCGUCUGGUUGAGGAGCCGCCUUCGCCGACGCUGCCUACUGUCAACCCCGAUGUUGAAGCCAGCAAGCCGCCUGGCAUGGUUCUUCCGCCGUGGAUCUAUGUCGUCGCCUGGAUCUCCUUUUCCUCCUUGGUGAUUCUGUUCAACAAAUGGGUGCUUGUUACGCUCGAAUUUAAGUAUCCCGUCAUCCUCACGACAUAUCAUCUUGUCUUUGCCACCGUCGUGACCCAAGUCAUGGCGCGGUACACCACCAUGCUUGACAGCCGCAAGGCCGUCAAGAUGACGGGCCGCAUCUACCUGCGCGCCGUCGUUCCCAUUGGCGUCUUCUUCAGCGCCAGUCUCAUCCUGAGCAACGUCGCCUACCUCUACCUCUCCGUCUCUUUUAUCCAGAUGCUCAAGGCCACGACGCCCAUGGCCGUGCUGCUCGCCGGCUGGGCGCUCGGUGUCUCCCAGCCCACGCUCAAGCAGGCCGCCAACGUCUCCGUCAUCGUCUUCGGUGUAAUCAUUGCCUCGUUUGGCGAGAUUGACUUUGUCCUCGCUGGCUUCAUCAUCCAGCUCGGCGGUGUCAUGUUCGAGGCCCUGCGCCUGACCAUGGUCCAACGCCUGCUGUCCGGCGACCUCAAGAUGGACCCUCUCGUCUCGCUGUACUACUUUGCGCCCGUCUGCGCCGCGCUCAAUGCCGUCAUCGCCCUCCUCACCGAGGUGCCCCGGUGCACCAUGGCCCAGGUGCUCCACGUCGGCCUGUUUACGUUUUUCCUGAACGGCCUCUGCGCCUUUAUGCUCAACGUCUCCCUCGUGCUCCUCAUUGGCAAGACAUCGGCCGUCGUGCUGACUAUUUGCGGUGUACUCAAGGAUAUUCUGCUCGUCGUCGCGUCCAUGGUUCUUUUUGGAUCCCAAGUCACGGCACUUCAGUUCUUCGGCUACUCGAUUGCGCUAGGUGGCAUGGUUUACUACAAGCUCGGAUACGAGCAAAUCAAGGGUCACCUCGCGGAAGCCAACCGCCACUGGGCGGCAUUUGGUGCCGAGAAGCCAAUUCUGCGCCGGAUCAGCAUCGUCGCAUUGGCUGUCUUCGUUGGAUUGGCUCUGCUCGGCGGUGUGAGACAUGUCAUGUAG